ACUACCCCAGAAUUAUAAUUCUCCUCUCUCACACAACACAACACACUCUGGCAUCUGCAGCUGCAUCUCCUUGAGAUAACAAAAAGUAAAACUAUUCCUUUGUUCUGUGGGCAAAUCCAGACAGAGAGAGAAAACAAAACAUCUCUUCUUGGGUCUCCCAAAUUAUUUUCCUCUUCAGUUUCUGCAUUGUCAACAUAGAAGGGACAUGGCUGUUAAUUGCCUAACAAAAGCCCUGUUUGGACUCUGCAGAGUCGAAGCUUGAAGGGAAGUGAAAAUGUCUGAAAAGGCUUUGAACUCCUUGAAGGAUGAAAACCCAGAUUUGCAGAAGCAAAUUGGGUGCAUUGCUGGAUUUUUUCAGCUUUUUGACCGUCACCGUUUCCUCACAGGCCAAAGCACCAGCAGCAGCUACAAUCAGCACACAUCUAUUUCAGUUGAAAGCAAUAAUGACAUCAAAGAGCUCAAUAACAAAAUUCAGAAAACAAAGGCAAAGAAUCAGAAGAAUGCAAGAGAGAAGCAGCAAUUCUCCACAGAAUCAUCAGCUGCUUCUAUGUCUUCAUCAUCUUGUUCCUCUAGCAUGUCAUCCAUUGAGUUCAACAGAACAAUUCAGACAGAAUCACCACCAAAAAGUCAAAUUAGAGUUGCAAUAAACCCACCUUCAGAAAUAACAAUGAAGCAGCAUGAUACACCUAGCCAGAAAUCCCUUGAGUUCUGUGACAUUGUCAAAGACUCCAUGUAUAGAGAAGCACAAGGGUUGUCAUUGAAAACUGCAACAAAAGAGAAAAAGAAAGGUCAGACUCAUACAUUGAAGCACAUAGAUUCUCCGCGGCCUUUGCAGCCUCACAAGUCUAUCAAUGGAGGAGUUACAGCGGCAAAUGAACCAUUCCAUGUUCUUUCUAAGUCCAAGAAAUCACCUUGGGACUUGCCGAGGCUCUCUUAUGAUGGGAGGGAUACACAAGAUAAAUUCAAAUCAGCCACAAAGCAUAAGGAACUUCCAAGGCUUUCCUUGGAUAGCAGACAAGGAUCCACAAGAGGUUUCAAUGAAGGAAACAAGGCUCACAACCUGUUGAAGGAUCCACAAAAAGUGUAUGGAAUUGGAAGGAACUACAACACAGUGCUUAACAAUCUGCAAGAACCAGAAACUUCUAAAAGAUCAUCUUGUGUUGUAGCGAAGUUGAUGGGACUAGAAGCCCUCCCUCAAAAGACACAAACAUGUGGAUCUAGUGAUGAUACAAUCACAAAUGUGACACCAUAUUCGCGAUUCGCGCUAGAACCAAGUCCUUGGAGGAAACCUGAUUCAAGGCGAAGUUUACAAUCACAAGAUUCCAAAGGAAGUGAAUCUGAUAUAAAAGCCUCAAAAUCCUCAUUAUCUGUUUAUGGGGAAAUUGAGAAAAGGGUGUCAGAACUUGAGUUCAAAAGGUCUGGUAAGGAUCUCAGAGCCCUUAAACAGAUUCUUGAUGCAAUGCAGAGAUAUAAAGAUACAUCAGAUAUUGCAAGAGAUCAAGCUUUAAACUCACCAUCUAACAAUCAGAACAAUACCAGUAUCAGUGAAAACUCCAAUGUAAGAAGCCCAAGAAUACCACAAAAGGACCCAGCAUCUGUCACAGUUGAGAAAUCAAAUUCUAGUAAAAUGCCAAUUGUCAUCAUGAAACCAGCAAGAGUUACUAGAAAAGCCAACAACUCUUCUCCCCCUAGUACUCCCAGGAAUGGAAGAUUGGUUGAUAAGCAAACAGCUAAAGGUAUUAGUUCAACAACAAAAAAUACCAAGGACAAGAACAAUAACUUAAGAAAUUCAAAAUUGAUGCAAUCCUCCAAAGUUUCUCAGGACGGCAAUGGAGAGAGCACCGCAAACUCAGGUAAUAUGACAGUGACUGGGAGCCCAAGACUACAAAAAAAGUUUGGUUUGGAAAGGCGUUCACCACCAGCAAGUCCAUCAUCAGAUUCCAGCAUUAACAGAAGAAAACAUAAUAGACAACCUGUGGAAUUGUCUUCCCCAAGGCAAAAUAUCUCUACUUUGCCCGAAAGAAAUGAACGUUUCGGUGAUAUCAGCUAUCACUGGAAAGGUGUUAUGCAUCAUGUCAAUGUCAUUUCUCCAGAUUUUGACAGAAAAAGAAGCUUGGCAACUCAUAGUGACAUAGAAAUCAUACACAUUGAUCAAUCAGGAAAUAUCAAUAGCACAUCCAUCCAGCUGAGUGGCCUGAAUCAAAGUAAUGUAUUUGAAGAGUUGAAGAAGGAAUGCUCCAAGGCUGAGACAUUAGUUAAUCCAGAACAACCAAGUCCUGUAUCUGUUCUUGAUGCUGCAUUUUAUAGGGAAGACCCACCAUCUCCAGUGAGAAAGAAAUCAGACAUCUCAAACAAUUUAGGUGAAACUCUAAGCACUGAUGAUGAUAGUGUGGAGAACUCAGUGGAUCUUCAUUCUUUAAGCAAUGGAUCUAGUGAUAGAGACUUGAACACCCAGAAUUUGGUUGAAAUACUCAAAGAAAUUGACUGGAUUGAUGAGAAAUUUUUCAAUUUCAGUAACACCAAGGAUCCUGACCAUAAGUACAUAUCAGAAAUACUGUUAGCAUCAGGUUUACUCAGUGGUCACAGAUCUAGCCAGAUACUUAAUUCACGAGGUCAAUUAAUUAACCCAAAGUUAUUCUUCGCACUUGAAGAAAUAAAGAGAAGCAAGGGGGAUUUCAGCAUUGAAGGCAGUGCCAAGAAAAUUUCCAGGAUUAUCAGUCCUGAGCAAAUGCAAAGAAAACUCAUAUUUGAUGUUGUUAAUGACAUUUUAGUUCAAAAACUGAUAUUGGAGAAUUCUUCCACUUUGUGGUGCCUGCCAAAUGAGCUAGAAGGAAGAAAGCUAAAAGGGCAAAAGCUUUUUUAUGAGCUAUGUACAGAAAUUGAUCAGUUACAACCUCAAAAUAGGAAUGUCAGGGUAGCUUCUGACGAUGAGAAUUUAUCAAGUGUCUUGUGUGGAGAUUUGAAGCAUCAUCACCCAAUUUGGACUAACUGCUGCAGUGAGAUACCAAAUGUUGUGUUGGAUAUCGAACGGUUGAUCUUUAAAGAUUUGAUCACUGAAGCUGUGAAGGGUGAAGUAGCAAACCUGUGUGGUAGACAUUGCAGGCAAUUGUUGUUUCCCAAGUAGGAUUUUUGGCUAUGCGUUUGAGCAAAGAAAAAAUCAUUUUUCACCUUUUAAUUCAGUUAUACAUAUAGUUUGAAAUGGGUAAUAAGUUUCAUAGCUGAGAGUUUCAUCUUUGUUUUGUAUAAAUUUUUGCACAUUUUAUGUGUACCCUUACUGUCUUUCUUCAUGUAUUUAUUGUCUAUGUUCAUAAAUACAUGCAGAAAUACACUAUUAUACUAACAUAUUAUAUUCUCAAUUUGGGUA